AUGAUCAGCAGCAGCAGCAGUAGCAGCAGCAGCAGCGGUAGCAGCAGCAGCAGUAGCAGCAGCAGCAACAGAACAAUCAGCAGCAGCAGCAGCAGCAGCAACACGAUCACCAGCAGCAGCAGCAGCAGCAGCAGGACGAUCACCAUCAGCAGCAGCACGAUCAGCACUAUCACCAUCACAACCAGCAGCAGCAGCAGCAGCAGCAGCACCAUCACCAGCAGCACAAGCAGCAGCAUCAUCAUCACCAGCAGCCGCCGCAGCAGCAGCAGCAGCACCAGCAGCAGCAUUGUCACCAGCAGCACCAGCAGCAGCAGCACCAACACCACCACCAUCACCAGCAGCACCAGCACCAUCACCACCACCAGCAGCAGGAGCAGCAGCACCAGCAGCAGCAGCAGCAGCAGCAACAGCAGCAGCAGCAGCAGCAGCAGCAUACCUAGAUAG